AGUGAAAUUCCUACAAAACCAGAUGAACAUUUUUCUAGUUUUAUCUGCACAUUAUUCAGUCUGAUGGCGGCUCUGUCUGAGAACGUGUUGACAGUCAGCAUGUUACUGAGUGUCGUCUUUUGUCCAGGUGCUUUGGCUGAUUGUACCAAUCCAGUCCUUAUUGCUAACACACCUGGGCAGAUGGAAGCUCUGAGUGGAUCUUGUUUGCAAGUUCCAUGUAGCUUCAAUUCAACACAUUCCGAUUAUGGCAAAACUAAUAUUUAUUAUGGAAUUUGGUUGAAAAAUAUUACUUCUUUGAAUCAAAAUCCAAGCUGUCUUAUUUUCAACAGCAGUGGGUCAGAUAACAAAUAUUCACUGACAAUGAUUGGAAAUGUGAGUGAGAAAAACUGCACCACUCUGUUUACUGAUUUAAAUACGAGUUAUACUGACACAUACUACCUCCGCAUUGAGAACGGGGCAUUUAGGGCAACAGAUGUUUGUCCUCUUCAUAUAAAAGUAAAUGAUUCUCCUUGGAGUCCCAGCAUUAAUCUUCCCUCUGACCUGAAGGAGCAUCAGUCUGUCACUGUAACCUGCUCAGCUUUCACUCCGUGUCCACAAUCACCUCCUGAACUCACCUGGAAUCUCCAACAAGACUCUCUCAGACAAACAGAGAAAAACACAGAUGGAACCUUUACAACUAAAAUCCAGAAGAACAUCACUCUGUCAGACACACAUGAUGGAUACAACAUCAGAUGUUCUGCCAGAUAUCCUGUGAUUGGAGGAAACAAGACAGCAGAGACAAAAGUGACUCUCAGUGUUUCAUGUAAGUGA